AUGACGACCAGCAGCUACAGGCUGGCUGCUGUUGGUAUCCUCACCAUUUUGUGGACAGGUACAGGUAUAAACACAGCUGAUCCCACUAACUCAGGACUGUGGGCAUGCCGACCAGCGCCCAGGUGCGGGAACGAGAUCUACAACCCUUUGGAACAGUGCUGUGAUUAUGGGGUCCUCAGACCCCUAAACCAGACCCGUCUCUGUGGCCCCAGCUGUACCUUCUGGCCCUGCUUUGAGCUCUGCUGUCCAGAUUCCUAUGGCCCCCAGAAGAUGUAUGUUGUGAGGCUGAAGGUUCGGGGAGCAAAGUCCCAGUGUCUCAGUUCACCUAUCUCUAGGUUCUGCGCCAAGUAA